UAUAACUUUGUGUUGCUGCCGGUGGUUGUUAGGAGGAGGGAUGUGGAAGUCGGCUGUGAGCAGGGUGACAGGCUGCUCGGGCGGGCUGCGGCGGCGGCAGGCUGGCUCGGCGCGGGCGGAUCGCUCGCCUCUCGCCGGCUGCUCGCAGAGGGAGCGGGCGGUUUGCCGCGUCCCCCUCCUUCGCCUUUAAAGGGAAGGCUCCUCGGAGCUGAAGCGCAGGAGCAGCAGGAACCAUGCAGCAGCACCGCUUCUUCCUCCCGUGAAUUCGGAUCUCGAUUUCUGCCGGUGUGGAGGUGGCUGUUGAUUCUCCCCACCCCCCCACCUCUCCUGCCUCCCGAUGUGGCUCUCUGCCUCUUCUGCCUGCGCUUUUUAAAUGACUUGAGUGAAGAGGGGGGGGGGGGGAAACUGUCAAGAUGGCAGCAGCAGGAGCAAGGAGGUUAUGAAUGUGGUGUUGAUGCUGGAACAAAACCUAUUCUCUUUGGCAGCCCUAGGGAGGGCUUAAAGCUUCUGGACCUGUUGGAAGACUGGCGAUUUGAUUUGUUCCCGUUGUGUUUGCUUUUUACCUGCGAGAAGAAGGAUUUUUUAAAUUUCAUUUUAUUUUAUUUUUUUAAGCCGACCAGCCCCCGUGGUGGCCUUCUUCCCUUCCCUGCUCCGUCGGCGGUGAGAUUUUAGGGGGUUGCUUGCGUGUGGCUUGGGGGGCACCGCAAAGUGACAGGCUUACGCUAGUAUGCAGUUGGAUGCAUGCUAAGACUUCGUCUCCCUUUAGGGCGUUUUGAAGAAGGAAAAAGUCUUCGGCGUAAUCUGAAGGACCACUCUCCCUGCCCUCCUGCCGAGGGAGGGGGCAAAGGACCACCCCCCCACACCCAAAAGGGAAGAUAUCUGCGGAAGCGAAGAGGAGCGAGCUCGGGGGCGGCGGGAGGGUGAGGGAGUCCUCUCCCGGCUGGAUACGGCGCGGUUCCCGCUGGAGCUACUUCUGCAUCCGCAUGGAGUGAAACAUAAACAAACGCACACACGCACCGCGGGAGCGGCCACCGCUCCGCCGGCGCGGAGGGCAGCGCCGGCCGCGGGCUGCCCCGGCCCCGCCCGGCCCCGCGCUGCCCGCCCUCCGCUGCCGCCCCGGCUCCUCAUCUGAUUUUUUUUUUUUUUGCCUUCCCCCCUCUUCCCCCCCCUCCCCUCCCCUCCCCCUCCCCACCCCGCUCCGGUGUGCGCAUCGCCCGCGGGAAGCGGAGCUCGGGGUGCAGCACCCCGCUCGCCAGCCCUUAGCGGAGAGCGGCAUGCCCGCCCGGCGGCCUCCCGCCUGCUAGGCUCCCGUUGGCACCGAGGAGGCGGCGGAGGAGGAGCGGGGUCGGCGGCCGCCCGCCCCGUCGCAGCGCCCCGCUGCCGCCGCCGCAGCCGCCCGCGGGGGAGGCCAAGAUGGCAGAGGCGUCGCCCCCCGCCCCGCUCUCGCCCCUGGACGUGGAGCUGGACCCCGAGUUCGAGCCGCAAAGCCGCCCCCGCUCCUGCACCUGGCCCCUGCAGAGGCCCGAGCUGCAGGCCAGCCCAGCCAAGCCUGCCGGCGAGCCGUCCGCCGACGCCGCCUCCAUGAUCCCCGAGGAGGACGACGACGAGGAGGAGGGGGGCGGCUCGGCCAUGGCCGUCGGCAGCGCGGCCCCCGCCGGAGGAGAAGCGGCGGCGGCGGCGGCGGCCACCGCCGUCCCGGAGGAGGCGGCGCGGCUGCUGGCUCCGCUGCCCGGAGGCGGCCCGGAGGGACCGAGCCUCUCGCCGGGAGGAGCGGCGGCGGGCGGCGGGGGUCUGAGUGGGGGCCCGGCGGCGGCGCCGAGGAAGUGCUCGUCGCGGCGCAACGCGUGGGGCAACCUCUCCUACGCCGACCUCAUCACCCGCGCCAUCGAGAGCUCCCCGGAGAAGCGCCUUACCCUCUCCCAGAUCUACGACUGGAUGGUCCGCUGCGUGCCCUAUUUCAAGGACAAGGGCGACAGCAACAGCUCGGCCGGCUGGAAGAAUUCGAUCCGGCACAACUUGUCACUCCACAGCCGAUUCGUCAGGGUGCAGAACGAAGGCACGGGGAAAAGCUCUUGGUGGAUGAUCAAUCCAGACGGUGGCAAAGGUGGCAAGGCGCCCCGGAGACGCGCCGUGUCCAUGGACAACAGCAACAAGUACACCAAGAGCAGAGGGCGGGCAGCUAAGAAAAAGGCAGCCCUUCAGACGGCCCAGGAGACAAGCGAGGACAGCCCUUCCCAGCUCUCCAAGUGGCCGGGGAGUCCCACCUCCCGCAGCAGCGAUGAGCUGGACGCGUGGACAGAUUUUCGCUCCCGUACAAAUUCUAACGCCAGUACCAUCAGCGGCCGCUUGUCACCGAUUUUGGCAAGCAACGAACUAGAUGAUGUUCAAGAUGACGACGCUCCACUCUCUCCCAUGCUGUACAGUAGUCCAUCGAGCUUGUCCCCGUCGGUAAACAAACCGUGUACUGUGGAGUUGCCCAGGUUGACUGAUAUGGCUGGGACAAUGAAUUUGAACGAUGGACUGACAGAUAACCUCAUGGAUGAUCUCUUGGACAAUAUAACACUCCCUCCCUCCCAGCAGUCGCCCACAGGAGGGAUGAUGCAGAGAAGCUCCAGUUUUCCAUAUGGUUCCAAAGGUUCAGGACUGGGUUCCCCGUCAAGUAGUUUCAACAACGCUGUGUUCGGGCCGUCGUCGCUGAACUCCCUCCGCCAGUCACCCAUGCAGACCAUUCAGGAGAACAAGCAGGCCACCUUCUCUUCCAUUUCUCAUUACAACAACCAGACGCUGCAGGAUCUCCUCGCCUCUGAUGCACUUAGUCACAGUGAUGUCAUGAUGACACAGUCUGACCCACUCAUGUCACAAGCCAGCACAGCUGUGUCCGCCCAGAAUUCCCGCAGGAAUAUAAUGCUCCGCAACGACCCCAUGAUGUCGUUUGCUGCGCAGUCUGGCCAGGGCGGUCUGGUCAAUCAGAGCCUGCCCCAUCACCAGCACCAGUCCCACAGUUCCUCUCUUAGCGGCAGCCGUGCCUUGUCCAGCUCCAUCAGUAACAUAGGCUUGAGUGACUCAAACAGCUUGGGAUCCGCCAAACAUCAGCAGUCACCUGUCAAUCAGUCUAUGCAAACACUUUCUGACCCGCUCUCAGGCUCCUCUUUGUACUCCUCUAGCGUGAACCUCCCGGUCAUGGGACACGAGAAAUUCCCAAGUGACUUGGACCUGGAUAUUUUCAAUGGGAGCCUGGAGUGUGACAUGGAGUCCAUUAUUCGCAGUGAACUCAUGGAUGCAGAUGGGCUGGAUUUUAACUUUGAUUCCCUCAUCUCAGCUCAGAACGUUGUCAGUCUGAAUGUGGGGAACUUCACUGGUGCUAAACAGGCUUCAUCACAGAGUUGGGUACCAGGCUGAAGGAUCUUUGAGAACAGGGAAAAUGGGCAAACAGGCCCUCAAACUGACACAAGACGUAGAGAGAGAACCCUUUGCCAAAUCUGCUGUCAGCAAGUGGACAGUGAUACUGUUUACAGCUUAAUGACCUUUGUGAACCCUGCAUUAUUUUCCUAAUGAAGCAGACUGUUAAGAGGCCCCUGACUGGAGUGAAGAUCCUCUAUUUUUUUUUUCUUUUUUUUUUCCCUCUCUCUUUUUUUUUUGGGAGUUGAACUCAUUCUGAAGUAUGCAAAAUCUUCCUUUUCUGGGAUGGCCAAGCACCUGCUGUGGAGACAAUGUUCAGCACCAUCCUGUUGAGAACACACUAUGUAGCCUUUACAGUAGUUACUUGUCAAUGAGUAUGUGGUGUUUCAGUAUAUUAAUGGUUUAUGGGACGUUUUAAGUUGGCUUUUCUUUUUGGAGGUUUUCCCCAUCUGCCCACCCUCCCCGCUACAACCUCCAGUUUGAUUUCCUUUGAUUUUUGACCAUUUUUGCUUUCUCUCCCUGGGGAAUACACACAAGGAAAUUACCAUAACCCAGCACUGCUCAGAUGUCAGGGUUUUCUGAAUACUCAGCACUCGCUGUACCGAUCAACCGGCUGAAUUCCAGAGAGAGGUGAUGUGUGCAGUCUGAUUGUUUGUUGGGUUGGUUUGUUUCUUUCUUUCUUAUUCUUUCCUUAAAUUGAAUGGUACAUCCUGGUUUUCCAUAAGCAUCAAGCCAGGGUCGAUUGCAGAACAAGGGAAGCCAUCGAGUUUGCCUCUUGGCUCAUGAGGACGGACUGAAGGUGGGUGCUGUUGCCCGUAUGUGCACGGAGGCAGGAGUCCCUGCUGCCGCAGUGUGAUGGUGAGGCAUUAUAAGCUGAGCUGCCGGACAAGUUGAACACAGCCGCCUGUAAAGAUGUGUUUGAAAAAGCAAAAAUUCAGGGAAAUGUGCCUCCUGACAGAAAAGCUGAGCGAGGAGGCGAGCCUUUGGCAGUUGACUUGCAGUGGCAAUGCCAGGUGUUGAGGCACAGGUCGUUGCAGGGUGUGUUACUGCAUCACUGACCCUUUUUUGUUUGUUUGUUGUGGGCAUAUCCUUGAUUAAUUUUUUCCUUCUCAUUGUGUAUAAUCCGUUGUGGCAGAAGAAACAGGAGAGGGAAUGGCAAGGUGACAGUAUCAUAGAAAUGGCUUUUCACCUGAGCAUAGAUUGUAACAGGAUAAAUGACACUGAAAGACAAGGCAGUUUUAUAUAUUUUGCUUCUAAGAUUUUCUUUUGUAAAUUGAAUAAUAAUGAAUAAUAAUGAAUAAAAGGUAUGGUGCUAUAUAGAUCCUCUCUAUAAUCUGGAAAGUUUGAUUACUUUUUAUUAGUGUCUUGGGGAGGGGGAUACGAAAAAAGAGGGGAAAACACCAAUGGUACGUAAGAACUCGGUGUGAAGAGGUUCUGAAUAGGACAGUGUAUACAUAAUUCUCCAAAGCGAUAUAUGAAGUUUUUUUUCCUUUGCAUAAAAGCAUUAUGCAUAUAAAUAUAUAAAUAUAUUUUAUUAUGUACAGAAAUGGAUCAUUAUGCAUGGAUGUUAGGAGAACAAACUAGCAUUUUAACCCAAAGUCUCAGUGCAUGAGUUCCCACCGACCCGUGUCCCAUGCAAUGUGGAGUGACUCCCUCUCGCCGUGGCCACCACACAUGCACAGUCAUGCACACACACAGACACGCACGCACGCACACACACAGACACACACUCACAAGCAUUCGUGGGCUAUUCCUCGCUCCUUACUUUUCAGGUCCCUGAGGUGAUAUUGGUGAAACAACAGCUCCUAGUGUGAUGGAAGUUUUGUUUUUGUAUCGUAGCCCCCACGCUGUUCUCUCGUAAAGAUGCACCUCUUGGUUUCUCCCCGCAGUUAUGACUUUGUAGACUCUGUGCAUUGUGAUUAUCAUAGCCCUGUAGCAUAUCAACUCUUCCUAGCAGCCAGGGGUUUAUCAUUUGCCUUUUAAAAGAACAACUGUGUUUUCUUCUUUUUUUCUUUUUUUUACACCAAGGUGGUCUAUUUGUCAGCGUGGGGACAUUUGUUGGAGUUAUCUGGUGCUCAUUGCCCAUCUCUGUCAGCAGCCAGCUACCCUAGACACUCAUGUGGCACAGUGGUCACCUGGGCUAGAAAUCACUUUGCUUAACAGAUUCCAGUUGCAGGCACCUUUUACCAAAAUAGCUUUGUCACCAGCCUCCUCUGAGCAUGCAGCGUUAGGUCUCUGCUUGCCGGUACACCCUGAAAUGCAAGUGAGACACCUGAGGUGCCUGCGCAAAGGCCACCAGCUGGGUCACUGACAGCACUAGUAAGGCCCAACUGGAUGGAACGGCCAGGGUGACCAAAAUCUGUAUUUUUAUGUUUUUUCUUGGUACAGAUGUCAAAGGCCAGGAAAGGCCUAUUAUUUUAAACCAAAUGGGGGCAACUUCUGCUGUGCUGUGGCAACCUGUCCUCUUUGGGUUCAGCGGGGCUAGCUGCCACUGACAGGUAGCAGAGAGAAAACUGGUCCGCUCUGUUCAGAAAAUGGAGAAAACUCGCUUGAUUUAGAGACAGCCCAUUAAAAUGACAGAGAAGAUAUUGGGGUUUACUUGGUUUGGUUUGGUUGAUUUAAAAAAAAAAAGCAUUAGCAGCUGGAAGACUUUAACCUGACUCCCAGCAAUGUUGGGGAAAGCAUUUCCAUUAGCAAGACAGGGAGACCUUGGGCCUAUGCUUCAGAGGACAUCCCAGCACUUGCUGACGAGAGCUGAACUUGGCCGACCUCUUCAGUUUGGCUUGAUUUGGUUUCUGUUGCUCAUUUUUGGGGCCAGAUUUUUCAAAUGGAAGUGCCUAGUGUCAGACGUCGAAUGUUAGGUGGGUGCUCUGUCAUGACCUCGGAGUGAGCUGCUCUGCCCUGAUUCUUGAAGGAAGGAGAGGCCCAGGGGAAACUCACCACCCUCUGGGUCUGCUGAGGUGCCCAGCAAAACGCCCUUCUCUUCAGAGAUGCUAAAUAAAUCUCAAUGAGUUCAAAGGGCCAUUUAUUUAGGUGUCAAAAUACAGACUUGAAUAGCUAAUUUUAAGAACCUACUUUCUGAAAAUUUGGCCUUUGAGUCUUUGAACUUGUUUAUGCCUAGGAGAUUUCCUUCCAAAACCAUGUGAAACAGAUAAAAUGUCCAGAAUGAUUGUAUAGUUGCUGUCUAAACACUUCAUCUAAACUAAAGGUCUAAAAAGGUGACAUUUACGCAGUUCCUAGUCACAGGUUUGGGACUUGAUUUAAUGGAUUUGUAAGACAAUGUUGUCUUGAGGAUAAUUGGAUAGAUGACCACGGCUUGACUCUGGAAAUCUUUGUGCUUCAAAAAGUUACAUUUUAGGUCACGUAUUUCUCUAAAAUUAUGUCAUUGCUUGGCAAUCAGUGUCCUGUAAGUGUUCCUAGUACACGAUAUACCUUAGGAAUUGCCAACAGAUGAGAAAGGGGACCAGAUAUAUUUCAUUACUGUGAGUUGGGAAAAAAAAAAGGAUUGUACAUUUGGCUUCACAUGUUUAACUUUUUUUUUUUUAAAAAAAAAAAGUUGCAUGAUUGGAAAAAAAAAUAUGUAUACAGUAUCUGUAAAACUGUUUUAUCUGUUUUUGUUUCAAGCCAUGUAAAUUGGAAGAAUAUUAAAUCCACAGCCUUAUCGCGCAUGGCCGUCAUUAACAUACCGAAGAGCUGAACAGUUUAUACUUUUCAUUUGGGCUAUCUUGUACUUUCAUUUGAAAGCAGACACUCUCAUGUCGCAGUCUUACUGAGGAUUUUAUAUUAAAAAGAAAAAGAAAAAAAAAGAUGCUGCCCUGGAGGAAUAUACUACCUUACUACACAGAGGUUGGAAGGAAGUUUGUUUUGGAGCAAAACCUGCCCCUUUCCAAACAAAGUAGAGACGCAGUGCUUACUCCACUUGGUGUUAGUAGAUAUUGCCUUGUGUAUUCCAUUUUAAAUUGUAAUCUAGUUUGUAAAAGAGAUGGUGACGCAUGUAAAUAAAGCAUAAUGGAUCUCUACAUUGCA